CAAUCAGACGCGUCGUCUCAAGGCGAGCCUCCGGAAGAGCAGCCAAUCAGAGCGAAGGAAUCGGAUCCGUGUCGUCAUGUGACGCGGGCCUCCGAGAAAAUGCCAACAUGGAACCGAGGCAAGGACGAGAUCUUCAGCUACAAUAAUACGAAAAAGGGACCUAAGUCCAGGCCAAGUUUCGUUUAAUUACACACUGGAAAUCUCCAUCCGUCUCAGUUUUGAGGGGUUUUAAAGCGAGGGGUCUGCGGUGAUACACUCGCUCACUCACCUGCCUUUUUUUGAUCCGGACUGUAAUAAAUGGUUUCAUUAAGUGAUAAACCAGUGGCCAUUGCUAAUGACUCGCUUAUGCUGCUCACGCUGCCCUGCAUGGAGGCGGGGGCCUGUGAGGGGGGCAGCGAGGGGGGCAGCUCCGCCUCCUGCUCCAGCCCUGAGACGGGCGACGCUGCCGCCGGUCUGGGUGAAGAAGAAGAAGAAGAAGAUGAGGAUGGACUCUUGAACUUUGACUUCACUUCAGACACAGAGGAAGUUCCUAGAUUUCCUGAUUUUACCUUGCACGUUUCGAGCAGCUUCUCUCCGACUCUUGAGGACAUCGAGGAGUUCUUGAUGGAGAAGAUGGAGCAGGUGGAAAAGGGCCUCGUCAUUCCAGAUGCAAAAACAGAGCAAGUCGUUGAUAAAGACGCGCCAUCUCCUGCGAGUCAGCUAAACGAUACGACAGUCAAAUCUUCCACCGAAACCCCCGAUAGUCAGACGGCUAGCGCUACAGCUAGCUCUGCUCCAGUGUUAGUUGGAGCUCCAGUGGUGCUGCAGAUUCAGCCUGUGCAGAUCAGCCACCCGCUUCCCCAAACGAGCCCCCCUGCCAACGGACUGCGGGUGGCCCACCUGGUGCUGGGUGUCCAGGGUGGGCAGAACGUCGCCCUGCUCUACCCUCCGGUGCCCUCUGCGACCGUGCUGCCUGUCGUGGGUGAGACCGGAUGCCAAGACCAAAAGUAUGUGAAGAUCGCCCCGCUGCCCAUCGCGUUCAGGGCGGUUGGCAUAGCAGGGACCAGCUUGGUCAAAGCCAUCCCUCCACGCCCACCCAGGCCCUCGACGGAAAACCUGCGUGUGCACAAGUGUUCCCAUCCAGGGUGCGAGAAGAUGUACACCAAGAGCAGCCACCUGAAAGCCCACUUCCGCAGACACACAGGCGAGAAGCCGUACCUGUGCAGCUGGCCAGACUGCGGCUGGAGGUUCUCCCGGUCGGAUGAAUUAUCCCGUCACCGUCGCUCGCACUCGGGAGUGAAGCCUUACAAAUGCACGAUGUGUGAUAAGAAGUUCGCCAGGAGCGACCACCUGUCCAAACACACCAAGGUGCACAGGAGCCCGCGCGCGAGCAGACUGGCCAGACCGAGCGUCUGAAGCAGCACGAUCCCUCCACUAAACCUGGAAAAGCUAGAUCUUCCUUUAUUUCACUUUUCUUCCUCCUUUUGCUUGGUUUUCUCCAGAUCUGUGCUUUUCUCGGUGCUAACGUUGGCUAACUUGAACCUCAGGGAUGUGAUUGUUCAGCCCCGAAGCAGAUUUGCGCCGCUACACGCUGCACACUACUCACUACCCUUGUACACUCUUGGUGUAAAUCAGAUUUGGGAGAGAUUUCCAUGCAAAAAUCCAGCGUGAGGAUGAGCACGGUGCUAAACUGGUGCAUUUUGUGAAUAUUCCCUAGUAAUCUGAAUCGGAAAGACUUCGUACGAACUUUGAAGUCCAAACGUGAGCAUGGCUCCAGACUGCCUUACAUUUAAAACAGUGUCUUUCCUAAGCUUCAUGUAUACCUGCUUGUAAAGGUGAAAAAAAAAAAAAAAGUCUCGUGUAUGCUAUGUAUGCUAAAACCGAGAACCGAAGAUAAUCCCGAUUUUUCGUAAGUAUGCACUGCAUUGUCAGCUUGGAUUGAAUAAUGCCUAUCGUCAUACUAUCACGGAAUAGUAUCUAAUGUAUAGCACUUAAGGUAAGGUUUUAAAAUUCCCUGCCUCUGAAAAUCAAUGCAAGGUCCAGUGUGAUUGUUUUUUUUACCUUGAUGUAUCUUACUUUCUUACCUUUUUUGUACUAACGCCUGAUGUUACUGACUUUAUUUCCCUUUUUUCUUUCAUCUUUUGCAAAAACGCUACCUGUCCUCUUUUACGGCCCAAUCACAUCCCUGAUUGAACCAAAUCAUGUUAAAGUGCAUCUAUCCUGUGCCUCGCAUCUCUUUCAGACUAUUGAGAGAGGCUAAUGCCAAACCAGAGAUCCCGGUCAUCAGUCGGACUUUCACUUUCAGCGUACGACAUUCACUACGUUUAAGGAAUUACCGCUCACGUACUGUAAAAACACAGAUAAGCUAGGGAAGAGGGAUGCAUCGAUACUGAUACUGGUAUCAGGUAUCAGUCUGAUACUGUGCUUAUUUACUCUAACUGGAAAAAAAACCCUCUGAUACCAGGUGAUACUGUGUGACGUAAGAAUAACGUACGUUGUCGAGUUAAUGGACAGAUGACGGGAAAUGAUCUGGACGUAUUUCACUGUUAAUGAUGGCAUUCAAAGCAAACUGUGGCUAAACAUCUUAAAAACAUCUUAAAUAGAAAUAGUAAAUGCUAGCUGGGCAAAAAUCAUGCUUACAGACAAAGCUAGGUGAGUGAAAAUAAUAGAUCUUACCUAGUAUGUUGUUCUUGAUGAUCAGCCGCUAUCAGUCAUUGACGCCAAGAGAAUAUGCAAUGAAACGCAAUGAAAAUAAAAAUGUACUUUAAGUACAGCUGUACAAAAGCGCUUUUUCCGAAGUGACUCAAAUCCCGCUCUUCUCCACUGCAACCCUUCUAGAUACAAGCUAACUAAUAGUAGCUAGCUAAUGCACUUCAUUUAAAAUUACAUAGCUAACGUUAUAAAGAAAGAGCUCGGUAGCCUAAAUGCAUGAACACGCACGUGUGCGCUUUUCACAAUCGCUAUUUAAACCAGGGAAACAUAAACGGAGCUAAAGUAAAUGUUCCGUAUGUGUAGUAUCAGUAUCCGUAUCGGUAACAUUAUCGUUUUGAAAAAAAUGGUAUCGAUGCAUCCCUGCUAGGGACAGUAACUAAAAACUUGAGGUUUAUAAGCUACAUUUAAGAGCAGAGCUGUAUUGUGUUUCGUUUCAUCAGGGGCAGAUGAAUGUUUCCUAUUCUCACCUUUCAAUAUUAAUGAAGCUAUCUUGUUAUGAUUGUAAAUCAUAAAUCAGUGAAGUUUUUUUUUUUUUUUUUUUUUUUUUUUUAAACUCCGUCCUUUAGGUUUUGUUCUUUGAAAGAGAGCUGAUCAGUAGCUUAUAAAGCUCACUAUUGCCUUUGCCUUUUUUUGUAACACCUGGUGUUAAGCUUAAUUAAAUUCUUUCUUCUUGUUGUUGAGAGAAGUCAUGAAUACAAAGAUGCGUCACUGGUUAAAUACUAACUCCAGCUCUUAUACGACUGCACGUCGAAUAACACGUCACAGUGAGCAGUGCUGCUCACGUAAUGAGGGUGCUUUACAUUGUUACUUUUCAGUUUCAGUGCUAUAUUUAACACACCCUCGUCAACUUGCCCUCGUUAUUUCCCCUAGGGCGGAAUCUUGGGAAGGCUGUCAGCUGUAAGUCCGGAAAUCACUGCGUUCUGACGCGAAUGUCUUUUCAAAUGAACAAAAAUAAAAUGGCAGACAAAGCUAAAAAGUUAAAAAACGUAAGGAAUAAAAAAACAACAUUCGUGAUGUUAUAGGUGUACGUCCUGAAGUGUUUUAUUCCUUUUAUACCACAGCUGUUUAUUGUUGUAGAUCGUCCAUAAAACAAGUUAAUUUCUGUUAUCACUUACGUUAUAGUAGCUAUAUGUUACCGAGAAACCGCAAAGUGUAAACUCCUGUGUUCCAGCUUUACUUCUGACUGUUACAAAGCGCUGACACUGGAGACUCCUUCCAUAAAUGUUACAUAAACGUCUCCUCACAGAAUCAACAAUUCUACACAUUUGUGUUUUAUCCGUUUAUAUGAAUCGUGUGAUUUGCAGCUGCACUACUGUCCGAGCUGCCGUAAUAGAAAAUGAAUCAACACCUUCUGACCAGUCAGAAUCCAGAACUCAGCAGCACUGUGGUAUAAAUUAAAAAUAACAAACAUUGAAGACACUGCCAGUCAGAAUGAUUUUGAACACCUGGAUGUUUUAGUUCACUGUUAUUGCCACAGACCAAAUAAAAUGAUGCAGAAUAAAUGAAAUGAAAUGAACUUCAGAUCCUAAUGUGACUCUAACUGAGUGCUUUAUUAAAGGCGGAUGCACUUGGAGGGUAAAAAAACGUUAAGCCUGUAGAUAAACGACUCAUAGACAGCGUUAGUAUUAACUGUAGAACAGAAAUACAUGGUGCCUAAAGUGCCUAAUUAGAAGGGCUGGGCAGUGUGACGAUAUAACAUCGAUAUCAUGAUAAAUUACAUCAUAAUACACUUCUGAGAUAUCAUAGAUAUUGUGAUACCUUUUUAUAAAUAUUUAAUUUAUUUUUAAAUAAUUAAAAACUUUUUUUAUGAUAAUUUUUACUUUUUUUUUCAAAAAUUCUAAAUCUAUAAAAAAAAUUCCAAAUAAUUUAUUUUUGUAGACAUAAAAUAAAAUCUACAAAACCAUUUUUUCCACAGUUUUAUUUGAAGCAGCACUACUACUGUCCUGCUCAAAGUUCCUAAUAUCGUGACAUUUAUUCCGUAUCGUAGAAACGUCUUUGUGAAUCACAGUAUGAUAUUUUUGGCAUAUCACACACUCUUAUUAAUUAGAUUAGAAUAAAUUAAGAUUUUACAUUAGAUCUAGAUUGUUCCAAUAUAAAAGUCAUUUCUAAUAUUUCUCAAUUCACCGAACAUUUAAUAAGAAACAUUUCUGGGUUUUUUUUCCACUUACAGCUAUUUCUUGUCAAUUUUUACGUUUUCAAGAAUUUAAAAUGACAAAAUAUACUAGCAAGUUCCUAAACUUUUGACUGGCAGUGUACGUACCAUUCGGAUUUCUACGUUCAGACUGGAUUUUGUGUCACAAGUUCAUGCGCAAAUCACUAAGAGGAAAUCAACGAGGGCAUCUUUUAAAACAGUAUUGAAAACACACACGUCUCAUGACCUCAAGAGAUGUGCUUUUUUUUCUCAACAGCUGGCCAUCUUCUUGCCCGUUCCCUCUCUCUCUCUCUCCUUCACCCUUCCAGACUCACAUUAAUGCAUUAACACUUUCAUUUCGUCAGUAAAGCCAUCCAGUAUAGCUGCUCAGCCAUGUAGCUGGAGAUGUCUAGGUUAUAUUUUUUGAAUAACUGAAAAAAAUAAAUGUUAUUUUCCUAUGUAUGACAAUAAAACAAGGAAGAAGCAAUUCACUGAAAAGCUCACUUGGGCCAUUUUUCUAGCAGUUAUUAUUUUAUACAUCUCCUUGUAUUUUUAUGUAGGAUAAAAAUGUUGUGUCAUCAGACGUAUGGAUGUAACCUUUUAACUCUUAUGCAGUAACACUUCUUUUGAAGGAUACCUACACCGGGCCUUCAUAACACAUUCAUAAGCAUUAUAAAAAAAAACUGAGGUUUUAUGUAGUUUGUUGUUGUUGUUUUACAUUAAAUUUACACUAAAUUCUUGUUCCAAAUUUUACAAGUUGUUAGUUUGUCCCAUGUUCAUAAGCAUUCAUAAAUCCUUUAUACAUCUAUACAUCCCUUCUUGAGGAUUUCUGAAAGGCUUAUAUCCAAACUCAUUUGGUGACAUCAGUAACAAAAGCUAGCUUAUAAUUUGCACAUUUUUAAUAAAUCCUCUGGAUUCCUUUAUAUAUUCAUGACAUAUAUGUGUUAUGAAUGUGUUAUGAAGGGUCAAUGUAGAUACAUUGUUAGUAUUUACAAGUACCUUAUGGAGCUUGAAAUGUGUGAUUUUUAAAAUAAAGUAGCUUGUUUUUUAAAGACCUUAAACACAUAUCGCACUUUUCAAUUCACUGACUGUUCAUAACCCAUUUAUAAGCAUUGCAUAACUCUCUUAUAAAGCAAUGCUGGAGGAUUUAUGUAAGGCUUUUUCCUAACACUUGUGAGGUGACAUGUUUUAGCUUAUAGAAGAGCUCUCAGUUCAACAUUCAUGAUGCUUUAUGACAUUUUUUUAAAGUAUUUUGUAUUUAUAUGUCUACUGCAUAGAAUUGCUUGUGUUAAUUUGGGUUUAGAAAACUAGUAUAAAGCAUCAUGCCAUUGUAAUGUACAGCUUCUACAUCUUUAUUUUUUUUAAAAAGCCCAUAUUGUUCUCAAACUAAUCAAUUGUGCCUUUAUAACGCUGUUAUGAAGCACUAGUGUAUACUUUCUACAAAUUUACAUAUUUAAGAAGCCCAUAUAUGUUGCUAUAUAAAUGGGAAUGAAAUGAAUGCUUCAUAAACUUUACAUGAAUCCUCCAUCAUGUCUUUAUGAGAUUUAUGCAGUGAUUAUGAGUGUGUUAUGAAGGGCCUGUGUAGACACCUGUUAAAUCAUUGUAACUUUUUUCUUUUAAAACAUGACAGCCUGUUUCUUAAAGACCAAACUCAUCAGGGACUAGUCAGAGAAAAUGAUUUCUGCAUUAUGUCUGGGAGUACACGUUGUUCUGCUACGCAUUAUAACAGGGUUAUUCACUUUCAUGUAAAGACAGUCACAUGUUAUAUAAAACCUCUAAUGUGACUGCACAAUUUUUGACAUAAGCUUUACAUGAAUCUAUGUGAGAUAUUUAUGCAGAGCUUAUGAAUAUGUUACGAAGGCCCUAUGUAGGUGCCCUUCAAUUUGUAAUAUAUUUGUAAAUUUGUAAAAUGUGGUUGCCUGCUUCUUAAAGAUGAACCUUGUCAGGCAAAAGUCAGAGAAAAUUAUUUCUGGAUUGUUCUGAUAAAUUACAGGGGAUUAAGCAGAUCAGUUUUAAAAUUUAAUAUAAUCCUGAUACCGUUGCAGAGUUACACAUAAUUUAAUAUCAUACCUUUGAAAUCUUUGAAUCUUUAAAACUGAAAAAUGAAAACAUGGUAAGAGGACACUGUAAUGUAUUGCAUAUUGUAUUGGAUUAUAUGUUUAUCAAAUCAAUUUUUCCAUCUUUUCCACCCACAGGCUCAGAAUUGAAGCUGUUUUCUGCUGUUUCGAGACUUUUUCUGUAGCAGAUUGUCUCUGGAGCAGUAGGUGGGGGCUUUAUGUAGCGGGUAUAGAAAGCAUGUGGGAAAGGAAUCCCAGUAUCGGCUCUGCAAGCUGGACGGCCUGUUACGCAGGAAUGUCUGGCUCUCUGUGGUGGAUUUUAAGGCCUGGAGUGGGUUUAAGCGUAGCAGACUCAGAAUAACUGGCAGCUUCAGAAGCCAGCGGUUGUUUUCAUUUAAAAUACCAUUCCAACAUAAAAAAUUUGGGUAUUUGUAAAAGAUUAAGCCGUUCAGCAUGGUGAACUUUAAAGGUGGGAAUUUCAACAUUUGAUUCGAUUUUGAUUCAGGGAGCCAUCGUGCACACAGCUGAAAAAGAAAAGGAGUUGGCAGGUCGGCACUGUUAUUAAUAUUUACAGCAUUCUUGCUGUAAUGUUCGUUUACAGUCACAGCACAUUGUACUGUAUUUUUAUGCCUAUUUUGCCAAUUUUUGAUACUUAGGUUUAACAGUCAGCAAAAAUGGGCCUGCUGUUUAUAGUACAGCUAUUUAGUGCUGGUUUAAAUUCCAAACAAAAUAACAACAAAAAACAUCUUUUUUUUACCUUGUUGUUAGAUUUUUAGACUUUUUAGACCCCUUUAGCAAUUUUAUUUCAAAAAAGAGCUUGGUGUCAAGUCCUAGUGACCUUUUCAGCAUAUAGUAGCGACUGUGCUGCACUCGAUACGGCUCUGCAGCUCACACCACAGCUGCUGGUUAUACGAGCUGAGAGAGCAGAUUCACUCAGCUAACCACCAGACCUGACUGAAUCACCUUUGCGUGAACCCAAUGAUGUUCCCAACAACCAAUCACUGAUCACCACUGCUCCCAAUGACCAAUCACUGAUCACCUUUGUUCCCAAUGACCAAUCACUGAUCACCUUUGUUCCCAAUGACCAAACACUGAUCACCUUUAUUCCCAACAACAAAUCGCUUAUCGCCAUUGUUCCCAACAACCAAUCGCUGAUCACUAUUGUUCCCAAUGACCAAUCACUGAUCACUGUUGUUCCCAAUGACUU